UGGUGAAUGUGUAACUUUAUAGAAGAAGCAAUUUUUUAUGUACUGAGUGAAAAAAGUCUAAUUUUGUUAAUAUUUCUAAUAACUGCGGCCCAUUAAGAAAAGAAAAUCACACAGCUGCAAUAGUUAUAAUGAUGCUGUUCAUGCUGCUCUUCAGUCGUCAGGGCAAAUUGAGGCUACAAAAAUGGUACAUGGCCUAUCCCGAUAAGACCAAAAAGAAGAUUACCCGCGAGCUGGUCACAACGAUAUUAGCCCGCAAGCCGAAAAUGUGCUCGUUCCUCGAGUGGAAAGACUGCAAGAUUGUCUAUAAGCGUUAUGCCAGCUUAUAUUUCUGCUGCGCCAUCGAGCAAAAUGACAACGAGCUGCUGACCCUGGAGAUAAUUCACCGUUAUGUUGAGCUCUUGGAUAAGUAUUUUGGCAGCGUAUGCGAAUUGGAUAUCAUAUUCAAUUUUGAGAAAGCUUAUUUCAUAUUGGAUGAACUGCUGAUUGGUGGCGAGAUCCAGGAGACAUCGAAGAAAAAUGUCCUCAAAGCGAUUGCCUCACAGGAUCUGCUACAAGAGGAUGAAACACCGCAAAGUUUCUUCGACGAUCACGGCCUUGGCUAGAAUGCAACAAAAAUGCGAAAACCAAUUACCAUAAAAGUCGCCUUAAUGUAUGCGUGUAUUUGUAUUCAACAUAAUCGAAAAAAAACACUAUAUAUAUAUCUAUAUCUAUAUCGUAUUUGUCUUAUAUUAUUUUAAUGAAUAUACAGUGCUCGGAGCUAUAAACUUUUAUAUACAUAAAUGCUGUUAAAAAUAUUUAUUCAAAUGUACUCGUAGCUUAUUCCAUUCCACAAACGCUUGACAAAUUUUAUUUGACCCAAAAAAAGUACAUAUAUAUAUAGACAAACUAAUUACUUAUAAAGCUAAAACUAACCCUCAUUUAACAACAACAGAGGUUAUUGUACCUUUGAGAUGCAAUGUGAUGCCGUCUACAAGCCUCACGGCGCUGGAUAUAUUUAUUAGAUCGUUAAACCUCCCACAUAUAUAUACAUUCAUAUCUAUAUAGACGUACAUAGUUUGAAGUAAACUAUUUAGUACAGCUAAGCGAAUUCUAAAAUACCUGCGUGCUCAAGUAAAUGUGGUAACAUUUAAAUUUCAUUGCUACUCAUAAAAACAAAAAUAUAUAUAUAUAUUUAUAUUUAUAUUCACACAUCAUCUUUUAAAAUGACGCUUAAUUUUUAACUGCUGGCAUUUGUUACACAUAUAUGCUAAUAAAGAAUAUAAUAAAAUAAAUGC